CCUAGGUUAAAAUUGUUUAAAAACGUCAAAGUACUAAAACAAAAAUUAAAGUAUGUUAGUUAAAUACUCGUACAACAGUUAAAUGUAAAGUUAUAGUUAUAAUAAAUAUUGUUUGUUACAAAAUUUGACUCAGUUUAUCAGUGACUAUUUUAAUUGUUUAAUUAGAAAUGGGACUGUCACGACAAGAAGUUAAUUUAAGGAGACUGUUAGCAAAAUGUGAGUUAAUGUGUAAAAAUCAAAAAGAAGAUGAUCGUUUUGAAAAAUAUAUCGAAACUCUUGAAGAUAUGUUACAAGAAGUAAAGAAAUUAUCUGAUUCUAGCGAAGCAAUCAUGAACUAUCAGAGAAGGAUAGCUGCCAUUAAAGUUGCGCUUGGUAUCACUUUUAAUAAAUAUGAAGAUGAAAAUGAUCCAGAAAGCAUGAGAAAUAAUUUGCUUGGCCCCCGACACCGAAAUGUUACAAAAGGAGGAGGUGAUAAUGUUGAUGAAAUAAUAAAUUACCAUGAAAAUUUGCAACAAAAGAUUACAGAAGAUAUGUUAGCUUUAACAAAGAAUUUAAGAGAACAAUCGGAAACGGCUAAUCAGAUAAUAAAAAAGGACACAGAGGUGGUUACUAGGUCUUCGCAGCUGACGGAACAGAAUUAUUCCAAACUCACCAUUGAAUCCUCCAAACUUGCUGAACAUUCCAAAAGGGCAUGGAAAUGCUGGUUGUGGAUCAUGCUUGCCGUAGUUUUUAUUGUUUUUAUAAAUAUGGUCCUUUUCAUGAAAGUAAUGAAGAAGAAGUACUGAUUUAAGUAAAGGGUUAUGAUGAUUAUUUACUUGUUCUUCACAGGUUAUUAUUUAUUGAACUUUACAUUAGGGUAAAACCAGAUCUAAUUUGUUUUUUUAAUAAAUUUACUUGUC